GCAGCGCUCGACGCCCGGUCCUGGCGCAGGCGUCCUCGUCUUGCUCACGCCCCGCUCCCUCAGCCUCCGGGUUCCGCGGAUUUCGGGUGGGGCUAGACGGCGGCGAGUGACAGCAACUGCAGGAGGCCCGCGCUGCGAGGGCGAUGGCCAUGUCGGACAGCGGGGCGAGCCGCCUGCGGCGACAGCUGGAAUCAGGGGGGUUUGAGGCGCGGCUGUACGUGAAGCAGCUGUCGCAGCAGUCGGACGGGGACCGCGACCUGCAAGAGCACCGACAGCGCGUGCAGGCGCUGGCAGAGGAGACGGCGCAGAACCUGAAGCGCAAUGUCUACCAAAACUACCGGCAGUUUAUCGAGACUGCGCGGGAGAUCUCCUACCUGGAGAGCGAAAUGUACCAGCUUAGCCACCUGCUGACCGAGCAGAAGAGUAGUUUAGAGAGCAUCCCGUUGGCUCUGCUGCCCGCCGCUGCCGCGGGGGCCGCCGCAGGCGAGGACGCGGCGGGCGCUGGGGCGCGGGACCGCCGCCGCGGCCAGGCCGGCUUCCUGCCCGGUCCAGCGGGCGCCCCGCGGGACAGCCCCAGCGCGGGCGAGGAGGGCAAGCAGCGCACGCUGACCACACUCCUGGAGAAGGUGGAGGGCUGCAGGCACUUGCUGGAGACGCCUGGGCAGUACCUGGUGUACAACGGGGACCUGGUGGAGUAUGAGGCAGAUCACAUGGUGCAACUGCAGCGCGUGCACGGCUUCCUCAUGAAUGACUGCCUGCUGGUGGCCACCUGGCUGCCGCAGCGACGGGGCAUGUACCGCUACAACGCGUUGUACCAACUGGAGGACCUGGCUGUGGUCAAUGUGAAGGACAACCCGCCCAUGAAGGACAUGUUUAAGUUGCUUAUGUUCCCGGAAAGCCGAAUUUUUCAGGCAGAAAAUGCCAAGAUCAAACGAGAGUGGCUGGAAGUGCUGGAGGAAACCAAGAGGGCCCUUAGCGAGAAGACAAGGAGGGAGCAGGAGGAGGCAGCGGCCGCGCGAGGGCCCCCGCAGGUGACUGGCAAGGCCAGCAACCCGUUUGAGGACGAUGACGACGAAGAGCCAGCUGUUCCUGAGGUAGAGGAAGAAAAGGUGGACCUCUCAGUGGAGUGGGUCCAGGAGCUGCCGGAAGACCUGGAUGUCUGUAUUGCCCAGAGGGACUUUGAGGGCGCUGUUGAUCUUCUGGACAAACUGAACCACUACUUAGAAGACAAGCCUAGCUCACCUCCUGUGAAAGAACUCAGGGCCAGAGUGGAUGAGCGUGUAAGGCAGCUCACUGAGGUGCUAGUGUUUGAACUCUCCCCAGAUCGCUCCCUGAGAGGUGGCCCGAAGGCCACUCGCAGGGCAGUUUCUCAGCUAAUCCGGCUGGGCCAGUGCACGAAGGCGUGUGAGCUCUUUCUGAGAAACAGGGCAGCAGCUGUGCACACUGCAAUACGGCAGCUCCGAAUCGAAGGAGCCACCCUCCUCUACAUUCACAAGCUCUGCCAUGUCUUCUUCACCAGCCUGCUGGAGACUGCAAGGGAAUUCGAGACAGACUUUGCAGGCACCGACAGUGGCUGCUACUCCGCCUUUGUGGUCUGGGCAAGGUCAGCCAUGGGCAUGUUUGUGGAUGCUUUCAGCAAGCAAGUGUUUGACAGCAAGGAGAGCCUCUCGACAGCUGCAGAGUGUGUGAAGGUGGCCAAAGAGCACUGCCAGCAGCUGGGGGAGAUUGGGCUGGACCUCACCUUUAUCAUCCAUGCUCUGCUGGUGAAAGACAUCCAGGGGGCCUUGCACAGCUACAAGGAGAUCAUCAUCGAAGCCACGAAACACCGCAACUCGGAGGAGAUGUGGAGGCGGAUGAACCUCAUGACUCCUGAGGCCCUGAGCAAGCUCAAGGAAGAGAUGAGGAGUUGCGGGGUGAGUAACUUUGAGCAGUACACAGGCGAUGAUUGCUGGGUGAACUUGAGCUACACGGUGGUUGCCUUCACCAAGCAGACCAUGGGCUUUCUGGAAGAGGCACUGAAGCUGUAUUUCCCCGAGCUACACAUGGUGCUUCUGGAGAGCCUGGUGGAAAUCAUCCUGGUUGCUGUUCAGCAUGUGGAUUACAGUCUGCGGUGUGAGCAGGAUCCGGAGAAGAAGGCUUUUAUCAGACAGAACGCAUCCUUUCUGUACGAGACAGUCCUCCCUGUGGUGGAGAAGAGGUUUGAGGAAGGUGUGGGGAAACCUGCCAAGCAGCUCCAGGACCUGAGGAACACCUCUAGACUCAUGCGUGUGAACCCCGAGAGUACAACUUCAGUGGUCUGAUGUUUGGGUCUGCUUGUGUGUGCAUACAUAUUGCUUAUGUGUUAUUUAUAUUUAUGUUGUUACAUUAGUAUUUCUGUGAUAAUUUGAAAUAGCUCUCAAAAAUGUAAAAAUCCUUAGAAAUGCAAAAUCAAAAGGAAAAAAGACAUGUUAAUUUAAGUCCAAAUAAUGAAAAUAUAGGAAUUAUUAAAACAUACUAUCUAUGCUUUCCUUUUAAAUUAUGCUAAUUCUUUAAUAGCACGUUCCACUGUAGAACUGCAGUGUAUUUUUGAGUCAAAACAUACUUUCUCAUGCAAGAAAAAAAUGUCUAUAAAUACACAUUAUGUUGUGAAGUUUCCCAGUGCACCAAAAUAUUUCUUUUCUUAAAGGGUAUAGUGCCAUCCAGACCCUGCCUCAUAGAUUUGUCCUCCUUAAACUGUAACUGAACAAUUAGGGAAAAAGAAAGGAGUUGGGAAAAUGUGUCUUGGGAAUUACUUCUUGAAAGUAGCUGUGUGUGGAUGUCAGACAUUUCCAUCCUCACAGAAUACAAGAGGACACUUUCAUGAAAACCAGGAGCUGGGGGCAAGGUGGCUCGUGCUAGUAAUCCCAGUUACUGGAAAGGCUAAGGCCAGUCCAGGCAAUUUAGUGAGACCCUAUCUCAAAAGAAAAUGUCUGGAGAUGUGGUUCAGUGGUGGAACAUCCCUGAAUUUAUCUCCAGUGCUAGGCAGAAAACAAAAACAAGAAACAAAAAAUCACCUUAACAAACAUUUCCAUAAUUUGAAUGGCUGAUUAUUUUCAGUUGCUGAUUAGCAGCUUGAUCUGUUCGGUUUGGAAGCAUCUACUUUGAAAUUGGAAGUAGUACGGGUUUUUUUCCCCCCAACAUAUUUCAGAAAUGUGUAAAUUUCCAGCUGGAGUGUUUAUCAUACUAAAUUUUUAAAAAGUCAUAAUACAAACAAGACACAUUGAGGAACCUUGGCAAUAGCCAGUGACUUUCAGCCCUCCACCACACUUCAGUGCCGGUUACAUUGUAGCUCAGUUUGCAGGCAAAUGAAAAAGUGUCUGUUGAAAUCUGUGGAUUUCAGGGUUUGGGUGGCUGAGGAGUUGGAAAAAAAUGUAGGUCUUACUGUUCUCAAAAAUGACUGCUUUGAGCAAAGAUUUGUUUUAGGUUCUUUUUGUAACAAAGUAAGAGAACAGAGAUGAGGGAAGAAGAAACUCUGUGAAUCCCAGAAUGCUCCCUGCUGCAUUUUCUUUUUUGAGACAGGAUAUUACUAUGUAGUUUGGGGUGGCCUUGAAAUCAUUAGAUAGCCGUGGCUGGUCUUGAACUCAUAGCAGUCUCCUGCCUCAGCCUGCCAAGUGCUGGGAUUAGGCAUGUGCCAUCGUGCCUGGCCUACUUUGUUGUUUUGUUUUUUACUUCCUUGUGUUUAAAAGCACUUCAGAUUAUAAUGCUUAAUUCAUAUUGCUUAGUAAAACAGAAAUAAGAAAUGUGAGCUUCCCAGGGUUUCUAAACCAUGUUUCCACUGUGUACUAACAUUCUUCAUUAUUUGAAAUAAUUGUUUUUGCUGAGAUUUUUUUUUUUUUUUUUUUGGUAGCAUCUUGUGAUUCUUUUCCUUAAGUGCCAUUUGCGAUGUCCAUGAUUUCUAAAGGUCAUUUCUCUUAUCUGAAUAAAAAUGACGGUGUUGAGACUGAAAAUUAUGUGAAACCUAACAUGGAUUCUGAGUAGUGACUCAAGGUUAUAAGACUCUUUAAUUACUCAGAUGCCAGACUAGCACUUUUCUUUUAGCUGUCUUCCCUCCCCACACCAUACUGGGAUUGAACCAUACUGGGAUAUACUGAACUGUAUCACUAGCCCUUUCUUAAAAUCUUGAGACAGGGUCUUGCUAAAUUGGCCAGGCUGGGCUUAAACUUGUAAUCCAUUUUAAACUAUCGAUAUAUAAAAGGUGAGAAGGGCCAGGGGUAAGGAGUAUGUCAAUAAUCUCAGUACUCUGAGAGGCUGAGGCAGGAGGAUUCCAAGUUAAAGCCCCGCCUGGGCAACUUAGUGACUUAGU